GCAUUAAAAAUCACGAGUGGUCGACAGAAGUCCAUAGAAGAAGAGGACACACUGAUCCACUCUUUCCGGAAAGUGGAGGAGAAAAAAAGAAAAAAAAGGUGAUGGCCGUGUCCGUCUCCAGAGAUCUGACAGUGCAGGUGCAGGAGGACGUGAACGCUGUCAAGCUCACUGACCGACAGCAGCUUCUGCACGCUGCCGUCCAGAGAGGAGAGCCCAAAUCUCUGGGGGUGAGUCAGGUGAUGCUGGGGCUGAUGGUCAUUUCCUACUCCCUCCCACUGCUUUUAACUAACGUCACUGACGUGGUCAGACUGGGAGUUCCCUGGUGGAGCGGCCUGAUGUUCAUCACAGCAGGAGUGGUCGCCAUUGUCUUGGACAAACACUGCAACCUAAAGAUUCUGCAGACGUGUUUGGCGGCCAGCGCGCUGUCCAUCGUGCUGUCUCUGGUCGCUGUCAUCAUCUACUCUGUGGACAUGCAGAAGAAUCCGGUGGUGCCGUGUCGCUUGAUCGAAGACCACUGUCAGGAUUUAUUCUAUGCUACGAAGCUGAGCAUUGGACUGAAGUCGUCCCUGCUCCUCUUCACUCUGGCUCAAAUGUCCAUCUCUGCCUGCCAGUGCUUCCUGCUCUUCAGACAGAGACACAACUUUGGACAGUAUUCUUCUCUCACUGAAGGUGCUCCAUCCACGCCUCAAGCUCUCAUCCCCCCCAACCUGCACUGAUCAAGCACUGGAGCGGCACAGGUGAUGGAUGGACCGCGUCUCGUCAGGGCGGUUGAUCGGGACGGGGGGCGAUCCAGCACGCUACCUGACAUUUGUUGUUUGUUUGUUUGUUUGUUUGUUUGUUUUAACCACUGUCUGUCUAGAUCUGAAUUUUAGAUGAUUAUAUAAAAUAACAACAAGUAUGACUCACUAACGAAUGAACUAACAGAGAGGAGGAAAUUCUUCUUGACUUGUGUGAAAAAUGAAUGCGGUGAUAUUAAUAGUGUCUAGUUAAAGGGAUAGUUCAGGUGUUUUCGUGUACAUGUUUGUUCUCCGUUAGAACACUUGAGGGAAAACCCCUUAACAAAAAGAAUCACCUUAUUAAAUCUUAAUUACUGACCGGUAAUUUAAUUUUCUAAACCACUCACUCUCCCGCACCAAAGUACAUCAGAGAAAAUCAGCAGUUUUUUGGCUCACAAGCACACGGGAGCUGCUGGUCUGCUGCUUCCUCGUGUGGAGAGUUUGUGUCACUGCGGUUUCAAACAAGCCAAAGUGACAAAACAACACAUUUGAACUUACUAACAGGGCAGCAGUGGAUCAAAUUUGCUGCUUCUUGGUAUCACAAGUGCAGACACACGUCAACGUAGCGCCUCGAUCAAAUCCCGUGGAAAACAAUUUGUAAACAGUAGAUUAGGGAAGAUUUAUGCACAUUAUUUAAUGCUGGUCUAUUCUGGAAUUAGAUUUGUGUCAAUAUUGUCAAACAACACUUUAUGAAUUGAGCAAACAGCGACUCCAAGCCUGUGAUGACUUCCGGGCCAAAAACUCCAAAACUCAGUAGCCAAUCAGCAGGCAAUUUUGUGAAAACAAAAUUCCUGAUCAUUUCAAACAAACUUUCAAAAAAAUAAAAUACAAUAUUUUGGAAUUAAAUCUAUAUUUUAUUUGCAGUUUUUGUAUUUUUGUAUUUCAUGUUUGUGUUUGCUCAAUUCCUAAAAUAUUGACACAUUGCCUAUUUGCACGGGAUUAGCAUUACAUGUGAAAUGUGCCUUUCCUCUGCUAGCAGCCAUGCCUCAUACAAAUAUACUAUGGAAAAAACGUGAACUAUCCCUUUAAUUCAGCUCAUAAACUCGCCUCUUGUUUUUCGUUUUUCUGUUCUUCUCUCUCACUGUUGGAGCAGAUUUGUGUGUUUGGUGUGUGGCACAAAGUAUGUGUACACAUACAUACAUAUAUAUAUAUACAAUAUCAUGUGCACUGCUUUGUUUUUUAAUUGUAUUUUUUCAAACUUUUUUUUGACUCUGUGUCAUGAAAACAUGUUUAUUAAUUUUGUCCUAACUCUUAUAUCAUUUUAUACUAAAUAAAAUCGUAUGCACAUUUA